AUGUCGCGGGGUCGAAUCUCGUCUGGCGGGGGCUGUGGCGGCUGCCCCGAGAAGGUCUCCUCCCUGGGCAAGGACUGGCACAAGUUCUGCUUGAAGUGCGAGCGCUGCAACAAGACCCUGACCCCAGGAGGGCACGCUGAGGUGAAGGCCAAUGGGCAGCAGAGUGGGGUGCAUGACGGGAAGCCCUUCUGCCACAAGCCCUGCUAUGCGACACUCUUUGGCCCCAAAGGGGUGAACAUCGGUGGUGCCGGGUCGUACAUCUAUGAGAAGCCGCAGAUUGAGGGGCAGAGUGCACCGGGACCCAUUGAGCACCCAGCCAGAGUGGAGGAGAGGAAGGUAAACGCUGCUCCGCCCAAGGGACCCAGCAAAGCCUCCAGCGUCACCACCUUCACCGGGGAGCCCAACAUGUGCCCGCGCUGCGGCAAGAGGGUCUACUUUGCCGAGAAGGUGACCUCGCUGGGAAAGGACUGGCACCGGCCCUGCCUACGCUGCGAGCGCUGCAGCAAGACGCUGACCCCCGGGGGCCACGCCGAGGGACAUGGGGACCUGCGGGAGGGAGGGGGCAGCUGCACCACCCUAUGA